UAUCUUAUUUUGUCACCAAUAUUCUCGGACUUUCCUGGCCUAAAGCUUGCUUAAGCGCCGAUCACUGCACUCCAUUAACAGCACCGGAGGCGUUUGGGGACACUGCUGAAUAUCCCGCCUUACUGCCCUGCCCACGGUUGCAAAUUGGUCCACGUUCCAGUCAGUAGUGGUGCGAAAGUGGCAUCGAACUUGGCUGUGUUGUGGAUCCGCGAAAGGAUGACCACUCCACACUACUGGCUGCAGACUGACUGCUUCUUCGCCGCCAUGCAUGAUCGAACGCUUAAUCGAAGCAGAUGAGCAAGCGCGCCAAUGACAACGACGAGGACGGCGACGACGACGCUGCUGCUACUCAGCUGCCGGGGCGGGCGGUUUACUUUCUUUCCAUGAUCGCUGCGGCCGCCGCCAACACCGCAUACCGCUUACUCUUCUUCAGUGAUAUCAGCGACGACGCGGCAAAUUGUCAUCACAGCUCAGCGCGCUCAGAAUCAACCGUCACGGUUUAGUAGUGGUUAACCUUGCGCCGAGAUUAGAUCGACGUAUGUUUAGGGCACACACGACCAAACAAGACGAGCCCUUGGCGCCCUGGUUUGUCGGGCGGAUCAGAACGUUUCGAACGGAGGUUAACAAAAUCGGAUUGCCGUUUAGCUAGGAUAAUUGAUAUUCAGGACAAGUGCCACCUCAACAGCAAUAGCAAGCAUGACCAAUUGAUUCCAAAUCAAGUGAAAGUGAUCAAGUCGAUACUGACAAGUUUCGAUUCCAAAGCAGUGCAAAUUUAAUUUAGCAAAGCGUGAAGUUGUGCCACCAGCAGGGUGAUAAUUGAAAGAAAAUGAAACGAUACCUUGGCUAUCUGACUCAGUUCCUGAUCGUGUGUAUUCUAAUUGGAGUGAUACAUUGUCAAAUCACUUUUGAAACCCAAGUCCGUCCCGCACCGCGGCAGGACCCUAACCAACGUAAUCCCUUUCUCGAGUGGCUUGUCAGCUGGAUUGGCUCCACUACGACCACCCAAGCCCCACCACUAACUCCACCUUCCGACUGUGCCGAGUGCAAAUGCGGUCGAACGAAUCAAGCAACCAGAAUUGUUGGCGGGACGGAAACUCGUGUCAAUCAGUACCCAUGGAUGGCUAUGCUACAAUACGGUGGAACCUUUUACUGCGGUGGGUCGUUGAUCACUGAUCAACAUGUCGCGACGGCAGCUCACUGUGUACAUGGCUUCAACCCCGCCAAGAUAUCCGUCGUACUGCUGGAUCAUGACCGGUCGAGUACAACGGAAGCGCAAACCAUCACCUGUAAAGUGGAACGGGUGAUCAAACACAAUGGGUACAACUCAAACAACUACAACAGUGAUAUUGCGCUUCUGAAGCUGGAUCAGAGGAUUAAUUUCAGCGACAAGAUCCGACCGGUUUGUCUUCCAUCGGCGAAGAAAUCCUUUACGGGAUAUGAGGGAAUCGUGACCGGAUGGGGAGCUACAUCAGAAAAUGGACAGAUUUCGGUGAAUCUGCAAGAGGUUGCCGUACCUAUCAUGUCCAAUACGGACUGUAAGAAGACUGGGUAUGGCCAGAGUCGCAUAACUGAUAAUAUGCUAUGCGCCGGGUACCCAGAGGGGAAGAAAGAUUCUUGCCAAGGAGACAGUGGUGGUCCACUGCACGUCAUUGAUACGGAAAUGAAGUCAGAGAACGUUCACCAGCUAGCGGGAAUUGUGUCAUGGGGCGAAGGAUGUGCCAAACCGAACUAUCCUGGAGUCUACACCAGGGUAAACCGCUUCCGGACGUGGCUAAUGACAAACACCGCCGAUGCUUGCUACUGUUCGGAAUAACUGGAAGGAUGAAAAUAAAACAGAUGAAUGGAA